UUCAUAGUAGUAGUAGUGAAAAGAAUCGAUAAACCCUAAUUUGUACCAUCGCCGCAUCGGUUAAAUUCACCAUCUUUGCAUUUCUCAAUUCAUCGCCGAUAACAAAAUGCUCACAGAGGAGAAACCCGAAGCAUUUGCUACACCGGAACAGAAUCACGAAAACGGUAGUAAGAAGAAGAAGAAGAAGAAGAAGAAGAAAAACAAUGAAACUUUGCCACAAUCGAUUGAACACCCUCAAUCUCAGGUAUCAUCUGAUCCCUUAGUAGUUACACCAAUCUCAGAAUUCAAAUCAAAUGAAAAAGCAUGUGAAGAAUUUGCGAAUACUCAAACGGCUGAGAUUAAGAAGAAGAAGAAGAAAAAGAAAAAUGUGAUUAACGGGGAAGAAUCAAAUGAUCCCAAACCCUCGUUAGACGCGUUGGGUCCUACAGAGUUUGAAAAUAAAAAAGAAGUGGAAAAAAGUGAAGUAUAUGCUGAAUUUGCGAAAACUCAAACAAGUGAGAAGAGGAAGAGAAAAUCAAAAAGUGAAACAGGGAAAAUGGGUGAGGUGGUGGUUGUGGAGAAUUUACUCAAUCAUGAUUCGGAACAAGUAAAUGAAAUAGAUAGGAGGAAGAGGCAAAAUAGUGUGCAAGAUGGGGGACAAUCCAAUGAGCACAAUGUUGAACCUGCUGAAACUGCUGUUCCAAUAUCUGUGGUUGAUAGAGAACUGUCUUCGGUGGAUUCAACAAUCCGAUUGAACAAUCAAGCAAACAAUGAGCACAAUGUUGAACCGGCUGAAACUGCGAUUCAGGUAUCUGUGGUUGAUAGAGAAGUGUCUCAGGUAAACUCUGAAUCCUUAGUUGUUACACCAAUCUCAGAAUUCAAAUCAAACGAAGAAGCACAUGCAGAAUUUGCGAGAACUCAAACAGGUGAGAUUAAGAAGAAAAAGAAGAAAAAUAAGAAGAGUGUGAUCAAUGGGGAAGAAUCAAAUGAACCCAAACCCUCGUUAGACGUGACACUUUCUACUGAGUUUGAAAUUAAAAAAGAAGUGGAAAAAAGUGAAGUAUAUGCAGAAUUUGCGAAAACUCAAACAGGUGAGAUUAAGAAGAAAAAGAAAAAGAAGAAGAGUGUGAUCAAUGGGGAAGAAUCAAAUGAACCCAAACCCUCGUUAGAGUCUAUGGGUUCUACAGAGUUUGAAAAUAAAAAAGAAGUGGAAAAAAGUGAAGUAUAUGCUGAAUUUGCGAAAACUCAAACAGGUGAGAAGGGGAAGAGAAAAUCAAAAAGUGAAACAGGGAAAAUGAGUGAGGUGGUGGUUUUGGAGAAUGUACUCAAUCAUGAUUCGGAACAAGUAAACGAAAUAGAUAGGAGGAAGAGGCAAAAGAGUGUGCAAGAUGGGGCACAAUCCAAUGAGGACAAUGUUGAACCGGCUGAAAUUGCGGUUCAGAUAUCUGUGGUUGAUAGAGAAUUGUCUUCGGUGGACCCAACAAUCCGAUUGAACAAUCAACCUGCAAAUUUAGUAGAGCAAAAGGAUGUGAGAAAAACAAGGCAAGAGAAGCACUUGGAGCUAAUGAAGAUGCAAAGUAUAAUAGCAAAAGAUGAGAGGAAAAAAAGGCAAGAGAAGCACUUAGAGAUAACGAAGAUAGCAAAGGAAAAGAGAAAAAUAAGGCAAGAGAAGCACUUGGAGCUAAUGAAGAUGCGUAAGAUAGCAAAGGAAGAGAGAAAAAGGUUGACGAAGAAAAGAGUUAGCGAUGAGAGCAAUAAGAUGCAAGCGGAAAGUAAGUAUGAACUCAAAAGUACAGGGGACCAAUCCAAAGAACACAAUGCUGAACCGGCUAAAACCGCGGUUCAGAUAUCUGUGGUUGAUAGAGAAGUCUCUUUGGUGGACCCAACAAUGCGAUUGAACAAUCAACCAAACAAUGAGCACAGUGUUGAACCGGCUGAAACUUCGGUUCAGAUAUCUGUACUCGAUAGAGAAGCGUCUCAGGUAAACUCUGAACCUUUAGUAGUUACACCAAUCUCAGAAUUCAAAUCAAAUGAAGAAGCAUGUGCAGAAUUUGCGAAUACUCAAACAGGUGAUAUUAAGAAGAAGAACAAAAAGAAGAAGAGUGCGAUCAAUGGGGAAGAAUCAAAUGAACCCAAAUCCUCGUUAGACGUGACGGUUUCUACAGAGUUUGAAAAUAAAAAAGAAGUGGAAAAAAGUGAAGUAUAUGCAGAAUUUGCGAAAACUCAAACAGGUGAGAUUAAGAAGAAGAAGAAGAAAAAGAAGAGUGUGAUCAAUGGGGAAGAAUCAAAUGAACCCAAAUCCUCGUUUGACGCGACGGUUUCUACAGAGUUUGAAAAUAAAAAAGAAGUGGAAAAAAGUGAAGUAUAUGCAGAAUUUGUAAAAACUCAAACAGGUGAGAUUAAGAAGAAGAAGAAGAAAAAGAAGAGUGUGAUCAAUGGGGAAGAAUCAAAUGAACCCAAACCCUCGUUAGACGCGACGGUUACUACAGAGUUUGAAAAUAAAAAAGAAGGGGGAAAAAGUGAAGUAUAUGCAGAAUUUGUGAAAACUCAAACAGGUGAGAUUAAGAAGAAGAAGAAGAAAAAGAAGAGUGUGAUCAAUGGGGAAGAAUCAAAUGAACCCAAACCCUCGUUAGACGCGACGGUUACUACAGAGUUUGAAAAUAAAAAAGAAGGGGGAAAAAGUGAAGUAUAUGCAGAAUUUGGGAAAACUCAAUCAGCUAAGAAGAGGAGGAGAAAAUCAAAAAGUGAAACAGGGAAAAUGGGUGAGGUGGUGGUUGUGGAGAAUGUACUCAGUCAUGAUUCGGAGCAAGUAAACGAAAUAGAUAGGAGGAAGAGGCAAAAGAGUGUGCAAGAGGGGGCACAAUCCAAUGAGGACAAUGUUGAACCGGCUGAAACUGCGGUUCAGAUGUCUGUGGUUGAUAGGGAAUUGUCUCCGGUGGACCCAACAAUCCGAUUGAACAAUCAACCUGCAAACUUAGUAGAGCAAAAGGAUGAGAGAAAAAGGUUGAAGAAGAUAAGUGUCAUGGAUGAGAUAAAUAAGGAUAAGAUGCAAGUGAAAAGGAAGUAUGAACUCAGAAGUAGAGGGGAGGAAAAAACCAAUUCUGGGAUAUGUUGGGCAUGCCGAGAGCCCAAUCACUCAAUUAAACAAUGCCGAAAGCUUAAAUCUCUCUCCAAGGAUGAGGAAAUUUGCUUCUUUUGCGGGGAAAUCGGGCACUCACUUGGAAAAUGCUCAGUAUAUAUAGCAGGUGGAGGAAGGCUUGCUAGGUGCUUAUUCUGUAAUUUACAUGGGCACUUCAGCUUUAACUGCCCAGGACAUGGUCAUUUCCAAGGAGCGGUGGCCGGUGGAAGCUGAAAUGAAAAUCCAGUGCUGAGAAGGGAUGCAAUUGUCUGUUUUAAAUAACUUAGUAACUUUUUUGACAAAAAAUAAUUUCAUAACUUUGUUUUAAAUACUUUUUUCUGUUAUAAAAUUGUUUUAUUUAUUUAUUUAUUUUAUUUUUUUGCAUUUUUCUUUGUGGUUAAUUUUUUGGGUCCAUUAGCCUAGUAGCUAGAUUCACUAUAAUUGUGGAGAAUAUGAGAUUCAAACCCCGACCCUUCAAUAAUGUCUCUAGUAAUUACUACCAACUGAGCUACUUUAGUGGACUUUUCUUUGAUUACUUAAAUGCUAAAAAUGUUAUAUUAGUUUGUAA